GGCAUGCUUGAACUUCGCCCUUACACCCCUUCUUGACGCCGCCCGGAUCAUUUGCUUCGAGGCGAGAACGUACAACAAACCAUUCUCGACGAGUUACGACCCAAGUACGGGACGAAAAGAUUCGUCCGUCAACUUCACUACUCGAGUGACGCCUACUUGUCUCUGCGCGCAGCUUCCCUUGGUACACACGAAGCGCCGACCGCCGACACCCUACGAGUCUCGCACUCGAACCGCCCAAAGCCUCUUCCCCAGCGAAACGUACGUGCCGCGAACCCAGGCACACACAAACACACACAAACACACACACAAACACGCAAGCGCGAAGAACAAUGGCCCAGGGCGGCGUGAAAUCCUCCUCGCGUCCGGCGCCGACGGGCAAGCCCAAGCAAAAGUCGACCAAGAACGCAUCGCGCGUGGCGAAGCCGCAGAAGGCCAAGGCCCACGGCUCCGCCGACAAGAUGCAGAAGAAGCUCGCAGCCGGCCUCGUCGGGCGGACGGAGAAGCUGCUCGGCGAGCGGGCCGGCCACCUCGAGCUCAUUGGCAAGGGGAAGAAGGCCAAGGGCGCCAAGGAUGAGAAGACACACAAGGGCGGCAGCCGCAAGUACGGCUAAAGGGGACUUGAUCAGUACCUGUGUGUUGUGGUGGGAGGAUAUCACGGUUUGUGCGGGGCAUUGGUUCGAAGGAGUGCUGCGUUUGACGUGGCAGAAGAGGGCAGCUGGGCACAACUCGCGACGAGCGAUGCGUAAGGGGAGAUGUCCCCGUGUUGCUCGAGCUCCUGACCUGCGAGAAUGGGGCUGGAAACCGCAAAACGCACAUCUGGCCCUGCGAUGAGGCAAACCGCAGACGAGGCAGUGCUGAAAUACUACUAGCCUUUGUGGGGUUGCGAUGAUCGAGGGUGUUUGACGACUAGAUACCCCCAAAUAAUCGAAAAGCAUGUUUUCCGUUUCAAGACAUGAGCGACGGCCAAGCUUGAGAGUCGAGGGCUUCACGUUGCCUAAGGCAGUGACUACGUUGACC